UCGCUGCGCGCACUUUGUGCUUCAUCUGUCCGUCACUCGCGUCGCGCGCUCGUUCGCUGUUCGUUCACGGUGAUCCAGGCCCGCUCUGUUCGUCCGCGGAUCGGCCAAGUUCCGUUGCUCCACGUACGUUGUAUGUUCGCAUCCUCACGGCUGUCGCGACUUCCGUCUUCAUCCAGCGCAGAACAGAUUGACAAGAUGCCACUGUCAGAGUUCCGUAAAAAGAAGUUACUCUUCGUUUUCAACACCUUCUUCGAUUUCAACCAGAGUGGUGCAAUUGAUAGGAAAGACCUUGACCUUGCCAUACAACGAAUCAAUGAAAACAGAGGCUGGUCUGCUGACAAUCCCAAAGCUCAAAGUAUAAGGGAUACUUUGCUUAAAAUGUGGGAUAAUUUGAGGCAAGGAGCUGAUACAGAUCAAGAUGGCCAGGUCAGUCGAGAGGAAUGGUUUUCACUGUGGGAAGAAUACGCGAAAAAUCCAUCGAACCCAUCCGAAUGGCAACAAGCAUACAUGUCUGUGACGUUCCAAUUGUUCGAUGCAUCUGGUGACAAAUCGAUCGAUGAGAAUGAGUUCUGCAACGUGUGCAGAUACCACGGGAUCGCAGAGGCUGAGGCCAGAGAGGCGUUCAAAAAACUGGGAGUCGGACAGGAAAUUACCUGGGAUAAAUUCACCAACCUCUGGAAACAAUAUUUCUCCUCGGACGAGCCAACCGCAGCAGGAAACUUUAUUUUCGGCAAAACUUCCUUCUAACUCGCUUUGUCCCGCGGAAAGCCGACCGACGUGCAUACGUAUAUAUAUAUUACACUUCCCUGCGUCGCAAACUACCGUUCAUUCUGCUGAUUUCACCCGCGCCCCGGAUGCCGGUCAGGCCAAACUCUUUUUGUUCGACAACGAAUGAUAAAAUGCGCAUAUUUAAAUUCUUAACUGACCACUCGCGAUCGAUUAUCGAUUUUUGCACAGCGAGAUUUCUUUCUUUCUGUCUUACCUAUUUCAUUUAAUUCCUAUUGGCGAUUCUAAAAAUUAAUCGUCCAAUGCGAGUCGAGCUCAAGAAAUCGAGAUGCAAGAUGUCGCUGCCUUCGCGCAACGACGAACGACUCCCUUCCGCCACAGCGAAACGCCGGCGGUAGUAAACAGUAUAACCUCACUGUAUGUUUGUAUCUGUAGCGUAUUUAAAUGUAAGUUGAAAGAAAAGAAAAGAAAAAAAAAAGACGAAUGUAUAAUGAUCGUGACCUGUGCAAGCCUCCCUGACGUCCAGUGAGCAAGAUCGUGCUUUCUUCGAACGAUCGAUUUUCGUUCGAUUCUGACAGACAGAAUAUUCUCCCUCCAUUGUUGAACAAACGGUAUUUUCAGAGUUU